CGGAUAAGCACCUGCAAAGUCGCAGCGCCAGGAUAUGUAUGGAUCUGGCGUGCCUCGCGUGCGGGCGUGUGCUAAUUCCAAGACACCCUGAAACGAACAGCGAGCACGAGAUGCAGUCAUAUGCCCUCGACGUGGACUGCGCCGCAUUGGAAAGCAACGCGUCAGCCGCGGACAACAUACAUUUACCGCCGGACAUCUUUCCACACGUCAAGCACUGUGGGGAAGCUAUUUUCGUGUGACUCUCCUACACAUGUCAUGCCUGGCCGCCCUCGACUCGGAAUAUUUCCGGAUCCCUCCACUGCCAUGUAAGUAGCAGUCAUACAGUCAAGCUCGGCCCGCGCGCUAACUUGUGUUCUCCGGCCCACAACAGAACUCGCACGAGCCGACCGCAUCUCUUGAAGCGCAGCAUUUCUCCAGCGCAACAGACCGCAGAACUUGUGGGUCCAUGCCCUGGCCCCUGCCUCGGAAUUGUGAUCAGGCACCCAAUUCAAAAAUGCACAUCCAUCCGGACCGGAUCCGUGAGCAUUCUCAAUCUGUCUGUGUCUGUUUUCCAAGUGAUUCAAGCGCGCGAGGACGGACCAUGUCAAUGCUCCCACUUGCAACCGGCAAACAAAACUCGCUGGUUUCGGCGCUUACCCUGCUCCUGGAAACCAUCGCCGGAGCUUGGGCCAGAUGGGCGAUAAGAACACACCAUGCAUUUAUUCUGCAUCGGGAAAACGUUUUCCCACCUAUGCCAUCAAUAUUUAUUAUGUAAUCGAUCAUUAUCGCCUCAAUCUUCGGUCCGCGUCCCGGCGUUCUCAACGACCCAGACAAACGUGGUGACCAGAUCUUGAUUAGAUUAGAUUAGAUGUGGGUCGCAAGAAGGAGGACGAUAUGUGCAGCGCUGGUCCCUCUGAAUGCUGCAUCCUCCCAUCCCGGCGCCAAGUCGCCAAAACUAUGAAACGGUCCCCAAUGGAAUGGUGAGGCCAUGUGUCAAAGUCAGCAGACAUUUUGCUGGCAUCACGUGAACGCGGACCGGUUUCGGGUGGGAGUGGUCAGCCUCACUACAGCUUCCAUCGCUACUUUCGAAGUAUGCCAACUCACGGCUUCUUUCCUUCGUGCUGUGCUCAAGACUAUCCGGAUGAUACAUAACUGCAGCUUGUUGCUGGAGGAGUAGUACAUAACACAUAGUGAUCGAAAUUACGGAGACCCACCGCGGGGUAUUUGAUAUGCAUCAUACAUUCCCCACAUUUCCCCACACUACUGACGUCCUAUGAGCAGUUUUCUGCCGCAUUCAAUGUCGGCCUUCGUAGACGAUAAUCACAGCUUGUUGAUUGGAGCUAACACGGCUUCAUCCAUACACCGAAUAGAACGUAAUCUGUCGCUUGACACUUCAUCUCCAGCCCUCCGCCUCUCACUCUCCUCCCACCCUACUCCACCCUACCCCCACUUCACCGAGCGCGAUGGCCGGCAAACCUGCCAUCCUAGAGCACGAGAUCGCGUCCAGCUCCAACACCGCGCAUGCCACGACCGGCGUGUACCGUCCCGACGUGGACACGAGCGCGGUCGACGAGCGCAGACUCAUGCGCAAGCUAGACAUGGCGCUCAUUCCCUGGCUGUCGUUCCUGUAUCUGCUGAGUUUUCUGGACCGUACGAGUAUCGGAAACGCGAAGCUCUAUCAUAUGGAGACGGAUCUGCACAUGUCCGACACACAAUACCUCAUUGCCUUGACCGUCUUUUUCUUCAGUUACGCUGUGUUUGAAGUCGGGCUUUCCACCAAGCAUUUGAAUACAGUGCUGAUUACCGUACAGGGCCUCGUGCACAACUACGGCGGUCUUCUCGGAAUGAGAUUUCUGCUCGGGAUGUUCGAGGCAGGCUUGUUUCCUGGCGUCAACUACUAUCUUUCAUGUUGGUACAAGCGAUCUGAAUUCGGGAUAAGAGCCGCCAUCUUCUUCUCUGCGGCGACCGUGUCAGGAGCAUUCGGUGGCUUGCUUGCCGCCGCCAUAUCGAAGAUGGAGGGGAUCGGCGGCAAACCCGCUUGGGCGUGGAUCUUCAUUCUCGAAGGCCUCGCUACUGUCCUCGCGGGAUUAGCUUCCUUCUGGAUUAUUCAGGACUUUCCCGACACGGCUAAAUUCCUUAGCGAGCCCGAGCGCGUGUUUGUCAUCCGACGCUUGCAGUCGGACGAUCAGUUCUCGGCAGCCGGGGAGAGUCUGAAACUAAAAUACAUUUUCAAGAGCGUGUUGGAUUGGAAGACCUGGAUCGGGAUGAUGGUAUAUGUGGGUGCCGACAUGCCUCUUUAUGCCUUUUCGCUUUUCCUGCCGACCAUUAUCAACCAACUUGGCUACACCGCAACGCCAGCCAACCUACUCACUGUGCCUGUUUACUUCUUUGCGUGCUGCAUCACUUGCGUCGUUGGGUUCCUGGCCGAUCGAUAUGGCAGACGCGGCUACUUCAACAUUGGUUUCUUGUGUCUAGGCGCCGUGGGCUACAUCAUCCUGAUCACAUCACGCACUCCUGCGCUGUCAUACUUCGCUGUAUAUAUGGCUACCUGUGGAAUAUAUCCUGUGAUCCCGAACUCGAUAGCCUGGGUUUCGAAUAAUGUCGAGGGCUCUUACAAGCGAAGUGUAUCUCUUGGGAUGGUCAUCGGCUUCGGAAAUAUCAAUGGGGCUGUGAGCUCUAACGUGUACCGUGCCAAAGACAGACCCUGGUAUCGAUUGGGCCACGGUGAUGGACUGGUGCUCAUGUACAUCGUCAUUGGGAUCAUCGCGUCGACCACAUACCAUCUCGCCCUCCGCGCCGAGAACGCGCGACGAGACAGGGGAGAGCGGGACGAAAUCAUCGGCAAGUCUGAAGACGCCGAUGCAGAGCGUCUCGCGGCAAGGAAUGGGCGGUUUGAGAGUGUUGCUGAAGCCAAACGGGAGAAGGGUGACGAGUGGAGUGGAUAUCGGUACAUUCUGUAAUUGUUGUGCCCGGGAGCCUACUGGAGUAUUUGAACUACAUGUGCACUGCGCUUCGCUGAGCCCGUGUCCAAUCCUAGAGCCAGUCAAAUACGAGUGUUGCCGCAGUUCGA